GCCACUUCUACUGGUACCCAAGUCGUACCAUGCGGAUCAACAGAAGCGAAACAUUUCAUAUUCAUAUUAGUCGACAUUGAGUACUCUUGAACUAGUGUGUUGAUUAUUGUUAGUGUUAGCAGAUACCAUGUGUUGUUUCGCUCGGGUUAUCGCGUGUAUCGUGAUGCCACUGGUGUUUUUGUCACAGUUUGGCGUAUGCAAGAAGUACAGAGUAUGCAUCGUAGAUGGAAAGGGAAACUUCAAAAAGUCUGCGAAAUAUUGCCCGGACUUGGAUAAACCAGAGAGUGGAGUAGAGUGCGUUUUAGCAUUUGACAGGUUAGAUUGUUUGAGGCGCAUUUCUAAAGGAACUGUAGAUUUCUCAGUGUUUGCGCCAGAAGAUCUGCUCGCUUCAGUAAAUGCUGGAGUUGACCUGUUAGUUACAAAUGAGUUGAGAUACACGAAUGAAAAGUUCGAAUAUGAAGUGGUAGCAGUAAUAGACAACAACUCGAGAAUAAAAAGCAAACAUGAUCUAAGAGGAAAGCGAUUAUGUCACCCAGGGUUCGGUUAUGAGACAGAUUGGAAUAAAAUACUAGCUAAUUAUUUUGAAGCUUCUGUCGUGAUACCCAGCUGUGAUCCAAAGUUAGCAGUGACCGAAAAUCGUAUAAAAGCCUCAUCAAAGUUUUUUUCGGCUGCGUGUAAAGCUGGUCCUUGGGUCCACAAUCCAUUUUUAGAAAAAGAACUGAAACGAAAAUAUAGCAACCUCUGCGCUUUAUGUGGUUCCCCUGGACAAUGCUCGACUCAAGACGAGUAUUGGGGCCGUCGUGGGCCUCUUUUCUGCCUCACAGAUGGCGCUGGAGACGUGGCAUGGGCCCGAAAGGAUGACAUGGCAGCCCAUUUUGGCCUCACUGGUGGCAGAGCCCUUAUGCCUCCAGAGGACUAUAGUUUGUUGUGUCCUGAUGAUACUUUGAUGCCGAUCAAUAUGACCGAGCCAUGUGUGUGGGUCGUGAGGCCGUGGCCUGUGAUUGGCGCUAACAGGGAAAAAGCUCAGGACAUUCAAGCAAUUGUGGAAUCCCUAUCUCACAAUGAUCGAACAUCCUGGAGAUACAGUCUGCUCAAUCUUCUAGAAACUUCUUACACAACUUUCGUUAGUUUGGGUCCUGUAGAGGCUAUUGAGACAUACCUCCAUGACGCUACUGGAUUCUUGAGUGCCAACAGUUUCUCGGGCUGUCACCCGCCAAGAACCAUCAAAAUUUGCACGACCUCUAACAUCGAAACAGCAAAAUGUUCUUGGUUGGUAGAAUCAGCGGCUGUCUACGGUGUAGAACCAGACCUAGCUUGUAUCAAGGCAGAGAAUCUAACUCAGUGCAUGAGAGCAGUAGAAAAACGUGCGGCUGACAUUGUUUUGGUUCCUGCAGAUGGAGUACAUCAUGCUAAAAGGGAAUUCAACCUAACCACAUUAUUCUACGAAACAGUCCCAGAUCAUGAAAAAUACCUCACUGUAGCAGUCGUAAGGUCCGAUGAAAACGACAUAAGUACAAUCGCAGAUCUAAGAUCAAAGAAGGCUUGCUUCUCAACCUACGAUGGAAUAGCAUGGAACACGAUCAAAGAACUUCUCUUCAAACAAGGACUUAUUGAAGACUGCCCCUUAGACACGGAAAUGUCUAGGUUUUUUGGCGCAAGUUGUGCCCCUGGUGCGUCUCCGAAUUUGCCAGGCAGUCUCAAGGAGUUGUGUCAGCAAGAUGCAUUCGACGGGGAGUUUGGAGCAUUGUAUUGCCUAGCUAGCGGUGCUGGAGAUGUCGCUUUUGUAUCCAGGAACUCGAUUUAUAAGUUUGUGGCAGAUGAGAGAGAAGACAACCCAGGCCACAGACUAACAAACGACAGUUUCAAAAUCCUCUUCUGCAACGAAACAACGUCACAUUGUCACCUGAGCUGGUCUCCUAUUGGUCAAGCUAUGAUCCAAUCCAAUCGUAGCGAUCUCUGGAUCUCUGACACCCUGGAUGUUUUUCUCCAAUUGAACGACCUUUUUGGAACGGACUACCCGUCACUCACCAAUCAAUUUACUUUGUUUGGAAGGUUCGAUGGGAAAUCCAACGUCUUGUUCCAUGAUGCGACUUUGAAAUUGCGGGAGGUGCCUAUUGAAAGAAAUACGAACUUUUUGCCCAAUUUUUAUGGGAAAAUGAUGAAUAGUGAUAAAAAAUGUACACCGUCCUCAGCGUCGAAAAUAGCUGUGAAUGGCUUAGUUAUAGUUCUUGCGUUCCUUAUAUUUUACUAAUAGAACUAGGAAUAUAGUACUUUGAUUUCUCUUGAAACGGUUAAAAAACCGGGGUCUAAAAGAAUGUGAGAUCGUAUUUAAAUAGAUAGUACCAUAGAGCGUAAAACCUUCGAAUGGUACUUAUUAGGUUUUAUAUAAAAACGUUACGUUUGACCAAGUGUAUCGCGAGUAUAACUCUUCAAGUAUUCAGUCAUAUCAUUAUAACUUUUUAUGCCUAUACAGGGUGUCCCAACGAGUAGUUUUAUGAGUAAACUGGAAAAGAUAUCAAAAAUCUGUUUUCGUGGCAGCCUUCAUACGUUAGUGGUGCAUAUUUUAAAAUUAUCUUGAUGAAGACCCUGUGGUGUUCCAUAACUUCGUGUCAUAGCAAACAUGCAUUUCUUUAAACAGAAUACCCUAUAUUUCAUUGCAUGUUUGGAUAGAGCUUCUAAAAACAAGAAAAUUGAUAUCAUAUAACAUAUGGUUUUGGUUGCCACUUGCUUAGAUAUUUAUUAAUGUCUGAAAAAAUGCCCAACUUAUUAAAUAAGUUGGUUUUCUAAAAGUAUAAGUGAUAAAAGGGAAAGAUCAUAAAUCUCAAAUAAAUGUAUUUUGUCGAAUGGCAAUAAUUCUUCGUCUUUAUAAAUGGAUUUUAAAUGUUCAAUAAGUAAGGUAAUCUGAUGAUGAGAUAAUUGUAAGGUGCUGAGACCUGUUUGCUGGUUCAAUUGUAGAACUAAUAAAAGUGAAUUUAGAUAUGAAUUAAAUCGUUGCAAAUUUGUAAUAAUUGAGAUCUGAUGGAUCGUCUAGUGUGGUAACAAAGACUGAUGUUCAAUAGUUUGGAUUAGUUUGUUCUGUAAAUUCGGCAGGUUCACCUUGUAAUCUAGACUUAAUAAAUGUUAAAGCAUGUCCUUUAUAGGAAAUAGGUAAAGCGUUAUAAAAUUUUGUAGACUUUCUUAAAAAUGUAGAAAGAUUGUUUGAAUAGCCAUCAAAUAUAGGAGUUGAACCUUUAAGCAUGUUAAAAAUUAAUUGAGGAUUGUCAUGCUGAACGACAUUCUGUUGAUUUGAAGUAGCCAUUCUUAUAGGAGAUCUUUCUCUUUCGGUAGGCACAAAACGAUUAACAAAAAGCAUAAAAUAAAAUGUAUAAAAGAGGUAAGAUAAAAAUGAGUAAAAAUAGGUGAAAACAAAACUUAAAGCUAUGCAUAAAAUUAGAUUUCAAUUGAAAAACGCAAACUUGGAUUCUUCAAAAAAAAAAUAUUCUCUGUAGAAAUGAGUUUUUUGAUAAAUUCUUCUUAUGGUUACGUAUUAAAUCUUCUUAGUUGCAAAAUAUUCUUAAUAGUAAUUCUUAACUACUUACAAGGACAGUAACAUCAAUUGUUGCUUCAUCCAGGGGCUGGUCAUCUUGUCUUCGAUUCCAAAUCAAUGGUUCUGGACAGUUUCUGGUAGAAUUCCCAGUAAGAGAAUACAAAUUCUUACUUGAUAUUGGCACUCGGAGAGUCCAAGUAGAACAGGAGGGCCUUCCCGACGUCUGAUACUAACUCUUGGCUUUCGCUGGUACUAACUUCAGUUUUCUCAGGAAUUCACUCUUUGGCUUUCUCGGAGACACCGCUGGGCAACUCGUCUAUUAGAUAUUUCUCACAAUGGUGACAGAAACCAAGCCUGGGAUCCUGUUCGCAGCGCCAGAAAUGAAACUCAGUGUGGUUUCGGUUCGAAACUAUAGCAGGAACUUUAUUGGAUGAAAACAGGAUGACAACAACGCUAGUUACAUUUCAUAUUCAGUUUAUAAGAAGUAAAAUAUAGCAAAAUGCAAAGUCAGGAAUGUUCUCACAAAGAUAACACCUAACGCUGUAACUAGGAACCGGAUGGACGGCGCUAAUCACAAGGGCAUCGGGACGGUGUUAGCCGUACCGUUGAAAUGGUAAUCAUCAGGAUUCCAUAACUUAUAUAGACCGCUUGCGCCCUAAUACUUGGGUAGAGAGAGGCGGACCGAUCAAUUGGCCAGCGAGAUCUCCCGAUCUGGCGCCCCCGUGGUAGCUGGAGCAUAAAAAAGCUAUUGUUUUGAUAGAAAAUUUGAUAUUUAAAUACAAGAUGUAUUUGCUUAUCUCUUGUAAUCAAUAGCAUUAACUCAAAAUCGUUUGGAAACAACUUGUAUAAACAAUCAUUCAAUGAUGUAGAAAUAUACAGCCUGUAUAGUUUGUUCAUAAAUAAGGCCAACUUGGUUUCUUCACCGUUUCAAUAGAAUACUUUAAUUAGUUAUGAUAUUUUGUUUGAGAUUAUUGUUUCGUCUCAGCACUGAGUUUUACUGUGAUAAUUUUUAUGUAUGUAUUGAAUAAAAUAUGUUGAUAAG